AUGUGGCUUAAAGUAAGCCGGCAUAUUGGCAUAUCGACCCUUUCAGACAGAAACCCAUACCAGCGUGCUUUACCGCAAAAUUGCGGUAUUGAAGCUCUGUCUGAAAGGGGCUUUAGACAUGAAAAUAUUGGGUUUAGUUUAUCGGCGUUGGCUUUUGUUCCCAACUUGAAGUUUUACAUGGCUUGGUCAGUCUCGUGCGCACUCGCGUUUCCACUUGGUGAUGUUCACAUGCAACAGAUGAAAGAGCUUGAUCAAGUUGACCGACGAACUCAGCAUAAAUUGUCGGAGCAGAAGAGACGGGAAACUAUAAAGAACUCGUUUGAAAACCUUAAGAAGGUGGUACCAGAUUGUCAAAAUUUAGCCGACCAAAACCAACAAAGUGUCCUACUUAAAGCUCAGACUUACAUUGUUGAUAUGAUAGACAAACAACAUCGCCAGAAAUUGCGGGCUGAUAAUUUUGAGUGUUUGAAGUCAAGAAAUAGACAGUUGGAACAGAACAUCACCAGAAUUCAACAGGAAUAUGAGAUACUUAGUAACAUGGAUUAAUUGAGGGAUGAGACACGGCAUGAUCUGGACCGGAUGAUAACACCAUGAUCUGGAUAAGACACCAUAAUCUGAAACGGAAGAGAGCACCAUAAUCUGGACUGGAUAAAACACGCCAUGAUCUGGACUGUAUGAUAGCAUCCUGAUCUGGACAUGAUGAUAACACCAUAAGUAAUAAGGUUUAAAAGAAAAGAAAAAGUGUUGCAUUUUACUUUACUACAUUCAGACAUUUGAUUUUAGUUUACUAUCUUAUAUUUUGGGAAAAUGGAACCAUAUUGUUUUUUAACCAAUCAAAGCUAUUGAAAGAUUAAUCCUGCUCAUUAAUUACGUUUGUUGUAGUGUGUUAUUUAGAUUAUGUUAAACAUUAAUUAAUAUAUUCUGAAAUAAUUAAAAUUGUAUUUGUAAAAUCAACAGUACCUAAGUAAUGGAUUUAAUAAUUGGUCAAUCACAUGAUCAACUUUUAGCCAAUCAAAACACUUAUUGUUAAAAAAAAGUCAUGUUAAUGCCAAUUAAUUUAAAGGAUGUUCUGCAUUUUUGUAGAAACAAGAUUGAAGUUUGUUAUUGUUGCAACUCUUUCUAGUUUCGAUGACAAAUUUUCGUUUUUGUAAAGCUAAAAUGGAAACGGAGUACUUACUUCGUUCUGAGUAAGCACUACGUUUCCAUUUUAGCUUUACAAAAACUUUUGAUCUAUACAAUUCUUGAAGCUAAAUGAAAUUCUUUCAAGUCUUUCUAGUUUGUUAAUAAGUGCCCGAGAAUGAUACCAACUUUGUUUUAAUCCAAGCAUGGAUGGAAUAACUUUUUUUUCUGUAUCUUGUGACAGGUUCCCCACCUGUACUGAAUUUUGUCCAGUCUUGUUUGCAACAGAUUUGAUUAUCUUGGGAAGUGGAACCUUCCGUGAAUUUCCACGGCUCCCUUGUUUCCCUCCCCUCUUGUUAGCAAUCGUAGUUUUGGCAGCUACACCAGUCACAUGGAUUUAACACUGAGCUUUUAAAAACAGGACGUUCACUACAACACGUUUUCCACCCAGCAUUUCAUAUGGUAAAUAAAGUGAAGAGUACACAUACGAUUUAAAUCAGACCAGUCAUAGAAUAGAUCCCGUGGGAAGCUGUUAUCACACAUUUCGCAAGUGUCAGCCGUUAGAAAGUUCAUAGGAUCCUACAAAGCUAAAAGAAAUCUGAUGAUUUUAUUAUUAUAUUAAGGAAUUGUGUAUCAUGACUUAGCAUUAUAAUUGCCCUUUAUUUCCUUCACAAUUGUGAUGCAGAAAGAAUUACAUUAUCGACUUAAAUUUAUUUUUGAUUUUUUUUCAAAGAAAAUUUAUGCCUAACUAUUUUCAAAAUCUGGAAUAGUGUAGUAUAAUCAUGUUGAAAGAUUCCAUCCUGGUUUUCAUUAAUAUUGGAAAUGUAUGUUUAAAGGGCUUUGGAGUUAUUCUUUUUAGUUUAGUAAUGUUUGUGACUCUGAUAAUGUUAAAUUUGAAGUUGAACCAAUGAGGAAAUAACAUUACUAGAGAGCACAUUUGCUUUAAAGCAAAUUAUAAGUGAAACUUGGUGUAAAUUUUUUGUAUUAAAUCUGGGUGACAUCAAGAGACAUUUACCUGUGUAAUGAUGCAAGGAAUGGAAUUGUUGCUAUAGUAACAUCAAGCAGAGUAGACAACUGUUGUGACCACAAUUACUUACUCAAUCACAUAGCUAAAUAUCACAGGUAGGAGUUUUUAACUGGAGGCAGAAAUGCAAGAUAAAGAUAGAGCACCACUUUUGUAAAGAGAACCUCUUCAUUUCCUCUGGGUAUGGUGGACAUAAUUGUGGUGAUUCAGUAACCCUUGUAGUCAAUACCUAACUCCAUACUUAUAACAGAACACCCUCUCUGGUUUCAAUAUUCUGACAACAAGGUGUCUUGAAUGAACUAAUAUUAUAGAUUGCUGCUACAGCAUACAUCUGUGAAACAGGUGCUAAAAUAAACCAUCUCUUCGGACAUCACAGAGGUAUAAUUUUAUACCCAAUAUAGAUUCAAGUUGUAUCUCACUAAGCGGUUAAAGUUCGUUUGGUACCAUGGGAAUAUGUUUGUUAGUUUUAAUAAAACACUCCAAAGAUGAUUCUCAGAAGCUUAAUUAAUGUACAUGCUUGUGUAAUUGAUAAAUAAAGUAAACUACAAAAUCUUAAUUUUGCUGUUAUUUUUUUAGUUGAAGCAUGUGUAACCAAUUAAGAUGAUAUCUGAUAGUCUUUUUAAUCAAUUGUUUAUGAAAGUUAAUUUAUUUAACCUUUACUGAAGGGUUUAUAAAUAGUUGUAUUUCAUCAUUCAAAUGGGUGAGAGUAAAAUAGUUUACCCUUUAUGUCAAUGGAACCGUUAAAAUGUAUUUUUGAUGACAUAAUUAUACUAUGUUUAUUAUUUGAAAUGUAAAGGAAUUUAAAUGAAAUACAAGUAUAGAUGUUCAGUUACUAUAGAGGGCGCCCGACCUUUUUGUUGUAUAUCAGCUCUAAUUUAUAGCCAUUUUUGUGCGCUACUGAUAGAUCGUAUUGUAUGUUUUAAGACAUUAAAAAUUAUUAUUAACAAGUGUCUUAUUUUUUCGGAAAGUGAGCGAUAAGCUUCAAAUGAAAAAAAAAUUCCUGUCUUAUGUUAAUUGAAUAUAUGAUAAUGAGACUCUCUUUAGCUACGAAGUCCUAUUGAACAUGAUUAAGAACAUUUCUUGACUUUGGUCUAUGUCGUGCUAGACUUACCUUUGUUAGGCUUUUGCUUUUGGUGGAUUUUCAAUUAAAUUAAAGGGGUCUUUUACUUACGUGUGCGCCUUAUGGUUGCCUGUAGUGCGCGUCUAACAUGUAAAUGAGGCUAUGCACGUCACAGCCACUCAGGAUUGGUUAAUUUGUGUAAAGGGAUAGCGUAGUAGACCCAAAAUAUUACAUGACGUCAAAUCAUCACUAACGUUAUGCAGAAGACAUAUUAUUUUCAAUGUCGCCACUUCACCAGUUUGUCACCAAGUAACUUGAUCAGAAAUCUGGGUUAAAGUGUACUUAAACAUUACUAAUGUUUACCCGUUUAUUGAAGGGAUAUUUUUCAAAAAACGUAUAUCGUUCGUGACCUAAUAUAUGAGGGACAGUUUAGUAAUAGAGAGUUCCGUAUGAUUUUAAAACAUUCAUAAAUUUAACUCGGUGGUUUAAUUUUCCACUGAAGAAAAUCGUUAAAAAUGUGUCAUGUUUUCAUUAAAGCCUCAGGAAAUUUUGAUUUCGUGUAUACCACCGAUUUGCGCAAGCAUUAAUUUCUAGAAGAAAAAUAAUAUUCAUGAGGCUGUUGAAACAAAUAGAGUUGUAUUAUAUUGUAUUGUAUGGUAAUUAGUGGUAAAUACGAUUUAUAAUGGUACAGGUUAUCGUUAUAAUGAUUAUGGUUUGUAAACUAAAUUAUAUAUAACUAAAAUGCUGCAGUACAUAGUGAUACUUUGUAAAGAGAUAGCGUUAACAAUUUCGCUAUAUUAGAAAAUCGUAUAUAUUUGAUGACUAAGAAAUUAAUGCCUUGUACAUUUUCUAGAUCUGUUGUUUUAUAUCCUUAGUUUUGUGCCGUGAAUCGUACAAACUUUGUUUAUUGUACACACGAGAUUUUUUUUAGUAUUGUAAAUUGACAAUAAAUAAAUGCAUCCGUAUGCAUUCUGACUCAAUACUCAAA